AUGGUUGCUGGCGGUGGUGGGGGUUCUGAAUGGCCAGGAUCCACAGGAGGCCAUGCAGGCGGUCUUGUUGGCGGCGUGGGCCAAACUGUUUGCAAAAAUAGUGGCUGGGAUUGUUCAUCUGUGAAAUCUGGAGGUGGAACUCAGAUCUCUGGUGGAUCUGCUGCUCCAACUGUCCAAUGGAUAUCUGGUAUUCGAGGUUUAUUUGGUAAAUCUCCGAUAAAUUAUAAAUUCAAAGAUAUGGGAGGAAUUGGAGGAAAUGGAUAUUAUAGUGGUGCAUCUGUGAAUUAUACAGGUUCUGGUGGUGGAGGAAGUUCUUUCAUCUCAGGAUAUGAAGGAUGUAUUGCUCUAAAUAGUUCAUUAGAUGAAACACCAAGUCCAACAAAUUCUCCGAUCCACUAUUCAGGCAUUUUCUUCACAAAUCCAAUCAUGAUCGAAGGCAACAAGAACAUGCCUCUUUAUUAUAGUCCCAUAUCACGCGGCAUUGGCAACAAAGGUCGAGGUGCCAUUCGCAUCACCAUUCUAUUAUCUCAAGCAUGUUCAUGCAACAACAAUAUAUGUUUAUAUCUCCGAUUCUCUCAUAUUCUUUAUCUUGGAUUAAUUGUUAGCUAA